UGUGUGGUGCUCGGCGGCGGGGUCGGCAGUGUGGCGUUGGACAGUGUGGGGAGAGGGUCUUUGCGGCGGUGUGCCACGGUUCCACGCCCCCGUCACGUUAUGGGGGCAGCACCACUCUGUACGCGGGGGGGUGUCGCGCCCGGGGGUCCCACGGCUACGCCUGCUCAAGGAGGGUCUCCGUCAGUGAUUCAGUGGUCUCGCUGUCACACUAGCCACCUCGAGUGCAGAACCAGAGUGAACUCUUGUGUAGGGGUGACAUGUGGUGCUGGGUCCAGGUGUGGAAGGGGCUGGGCGUGGGUAUGGUUGCUGAUGGCUGCAGGAUGGGCGGCUCUAUUAGCGCCCACCUGCCAGGCCAACCCGGACGCCAAGCGCCUCUAUGACGAUCUACUUAGCUCCUACAACCGCCUCAUCCGCCCUGUCGGCAACAACUCGGACAGACUCACCGUCAAGCUCGGCCUUAAGCUCUCUCAGCUCAUCGAUGUGGUAAGUCCAGCUCUGUCCGCCUUAGCUCACUUCCGAGGCCGAAAGACAUGUGUGCUGGGAGACCUUUGGUAUCGACGGCUAUACGGAGAUCAUGCUGCUGCCGCUGCUGCUGCCGCUGCUGCUGCUGCUGCUGCGGGCAUCUGCAUCUGUCUGACUGCUUUCCGAUGGCACACAUCAGGCGCUCACUGUGUAGGGAUGAUAAAAGCCUACAGGAUAUGA